AUGACUAAAAAAGCACUUAAAGCGUUAGAAAAAGAGCAAGCGGCAUCUGCAGCCGCUGAAGCUGAAAGAAUUAGAAUGCAGAUGAUUAAAGAUAUGCAGGAAGAGAUACGAUUAGAAAAGUACAAUACGGAGAGACAAAUAUUGCUCGAUGAACGCGAGGCAGCAAUGCGAAAAGUUCAAUUAGAAGAGACAUUGUCCGUGCUUCACGAUUACAAAAGUGCAUUUAUGAAAUACUUAUUUGCCUCCGAAAAAGAAGAAAAUUGGACUAGAUAUAUGACUUGCGACGGAUUGCCAGAUCCUGGCAGUUUGUCCGAAAUGAAUACUUUUUUAUUUUUAUGGUCUAUGGAAGACGAAAAAGUUAACAUGAACAAAUUUAUUACGAAAUUCAAUAUCAUUAUUUAUCUGUUGACGAAACUCAACGAAAUAAUAGAAUUCUCUUUAAUUAGCUCACCAGAUUAUAGAAUCGAAUGCAAGAUGAUUAGACAGCGAUUUCGUGAAAAGCUUCAAGAAUGGAUAAAUGCAGCGUGUUACUCUCUUUUGCGUCAGAUAGACAGGGAUAUGGUUCGCGAGAGCAUAAAAACAGCAAGAUACACUAACAUUUCCGAUCAAAUCAGUUGUUGUAUUUGGGUCUUGAUAAAAUUGCCUGUUCCACUUCAACAAGUCACCGAAAAAGAUAGAAAACCUAUUGAAGUUUAUUUCAAGGAAAUUGAGCUGACUGUUAAAAUGCCUUUAGACAUUGAUUGUUAUUGUAUGGCAAUACGAGCAUUGUGGGUAAAGUAUGAUCAUUACUCUGAUUCUUCGAGAUCGUAUAUUAUGCCAAAACUUCCAGAAGAAUAUGAAAGCAUGUAUACCAUAGAUUUUUUAACCUAUUGUCAAAAUGAAUAUACUACGAAAUUAAAGAUACGUGAAGAGCAGGUUGAAGGCCGUCGCCUUCGAUUGGAAGAAAAAAAUGCUGUACUUGAGAAAAUGGAGAACCCGCCAGUUCUGGUACCUACAAAGCCCGAAAGAAAAGGAAAACAACAAAAAAAGCCGGAACGAAUUCAAGGAGCGAAACGUCCAGAGCAAGAACAAGAAUCAGAACAAUUAUCUUAUCUGCCUACACCAGAUGAAAUUAUUUUACAAAGAGAAGAUGAAACUCGAAAAGAAAUUAGAAAACUGCUAUUCACACGCUGCGAAAAGACAGAGAUAAAUUUACGAAAAUACAGGAUACUUGGUGGCGUUUUACACAUCGAUUUAGUUUAUCAGCCACCGCAACCAAAGGAUAUGAAAAGAGAUACUAUGCUUACCACAUUGCAAAUUCCUAAAGAAUUAAAAUCUGUACAAUUUUACAAGCCAUAUAAAGCGCCACCUCCGGCACCGGAUUCUGAAAGAACACCAGAAGUAAUCGAAGCAGAAAUGAAAGCUUUGGAGGCCGCAAUGGAGGCAUUGGCUCUAGUAACUUUAAAACUUCCCAGCUCUAUUAUUUGGUUUGAACCACCAUUAGUGGCACAUUGGAUACCUGAGAAGAAAAUAUGGUCUACACAGGAUGUACACGAUAUAAAAUACAACGAGGAAAAGCAAACUAUCACGUUUAGGACUGGCAGAUUAGGUGUCCAUGGUCUCGCAACCUUUAAAUUUAUUAACAUCCCUUUCCAAAGUUGGGAGCUCAAGCCUGAAAUUAGCAGAAACGUACGCGGUGGUAUUGUGCUCAAUGUGUCCGCUGCCAUCGUUCAAGCAGAAUUUGUAGUCAGGGAGGACUUGGUCUGCUUAAAUUCGUUAGCUGGAGGUAUGUCAACGGCACUUAAAGAGAUUAUUGGAAAAUAUAUGAAGCUGCAUAUCUUGAUUGAGAAGAUGCGCGAUGCUGGAUGCGAUUUGUUUCCAGAGCGAGACGCUUUCAGUUUUCUUCCGAUAAAACAUCCAGUAACUGAGAGGCAUCUACGAGAAUGCAUGGCUUUACUUUGCACAGCAUAUACAUUCUCCUGGUCGCGCUGGAACGCUAGUCGACAUUCAAGAGAAAUCGUAAUACAAUUCAAGGAACUCCACGGAUGUGUUGCAAAAGAGCGAUCAAAUUUAACUCUUUUGGUAACUCCUUUGAAAACAGUGAUAGUAUCCUGCACCGAAGUGAGCUCGGAAUUUUCCAAUGUACCGUUAGAUGGUGAGAACUCGAAGUUUUAUGCUGAUCUUUAUCACUUGGCACUAAAGGGCGCUGGAAUCAAAAGCCAUAUAUUAAUGAAAAAUAUCUCUUUCAAACUUGUCAGUACCGUCGCAGAACUUUUAGGUCGCACUAAUGUAAUCAACAUGUCAUCUUAAAAAUUAAUUUUAAUCAAACAAACAAGUAAAUAGCAUCUUUUAGUAGAUGUAUUCACAGACUCACUCACAUGUAUUCACUCGUAUAAA